AUGUCAUCGUCAAAAUCAUUUGAUCAUCUGAGCACUGUCUCUGUGACAGAAACAACAGAACAGAAGCUUCCAAAAAGUUUCCGGUGGGUCUCAUUGCUGGGAAUCGCUUUCUCACUGACCAACUCUUGGCUUGGUGUGUCUUCAUCACUUGUCGUUGGCCUAUCCAGUGGUGGUCCACUCUUGAUCAUCUAUGGACUCAUAAUUGGGCUUGUUUUUACUUUCAUGUGUGGCUGCUCCCUUGCUGAGUUUUCCUCGAUUCUGCCCAAUAGUAGCGGCGCAUGUUUUUGGGUACUCAAGAUGCUUGAGAGGCGAGAUGAUGCUGAGCGCAUAAUUGUCGAUGGCCCAAAACGAAUCCAAUCUGAGAGCGACAGCGAGAGCGAAGCUGAAGAGAAAGUUUUAGAAUGGGCCUGCACGACGAAAAGCGUCAAAGUGACAUCGAAGUUUCAGAGAUCUACAGCAUUGGCCGUUGGCCUUAUCAACUAUCUGGGCGCUGUGUUUACAUCGGCCAGUGUUUUUUCCUCCCUAUCACUAAGCAUACUUGGUGUACACCAGUUACUAAACCCCGAUUAUGAGCUCAAGCACUGGCAUAUUUUUGUCGUUUAUCAGAUUUUGAAUGUGAUAAUUACAGUCACCAAUUGCUGCCAAAAGAUCUUGCCAGCGUUGUCUCAGUUUGGUCUAUACAUGUCACUUCUUGCCUGCUUAUUGACGUUCAUAUUAUCGCUGGUUUGUCGCAGCAAUCAGAGCAGCAUCGAAUGGCCCAAAACAUCGGGUAUAUUCGGAGAGUUCAAGAAUACCACAGGGUGGAGCUCAUCACCUAUGGCUUUCAUAGUUGGGCUCAUUAAUCCUCUGUGGGCAUUUGCAGGAAUUGAUUCAGCUACGCACAUGGUUGACGAAGUUGGAUACAAGCCAUCGAAGAAGCUGGUACCCCGCGCAAUAUUUUGCACAAUAUUAAUUGGGUUUGUGACCAGCUUCACCUACGCUAUAGGAAUGUUCUAUUGCAUUACAGACGCAGAAAAAGUAACCGAGUCUAUUUUACCUAUACUGGAAAUUUAUUAUCAGGCCACUGGUAACCGAAAGUUGAGCGUAUUCAUGCAGUGUUGCUGCAUUGUGACUGGCCUUUCCUGUGGUGUGGCCAGUGUUACUUGGCAAAGUAGAAUCCUGUGGAGCAUAGGAAGAGAUUUUUCCAAGCUGUCAGACAAAAACCCCAUCUCGCGCAAGGCGAUGCAAUUUUUUGGAAUUGUGAACACCAAGCUAAAGGCUCCGCUCAAUUCGCACUUGUUCUCUCAAUUACUGGUUGCCAUUAUCGGUUGUAUUUUUAUGGGGUCGUCAACCGCGUUCAACGCGAUUAUAACAGCUUGCAUCACUCUUCUUCUGUUAAGCUACGCUAUACCAUGCGCAAUUCUAUUGAUCAUCGGCAAAAAACCAUUCUUUUCACGCAUUCGAAAGGAAUUCGCCAGUAUUGGUCUGUGCACCGAAGAUGGACCUACCUUAAGCAUUCUCGCCUACGUCCCCAAUGUUCUUACAAUAUGCUGGGCUUUAUUCUGCCUUGUUUUCCUCUCAUUCCCCUACAGUUUACCAGUGGAUUCAGGCAACAUGAAUUACGUUUCAGUGGUUUAUGGAGCCGUGGCUUUGGCCAUUGGUAUCCUUGUUUAUGUUUAG